GGUGAUGAGGUCGAGUAGCGUUGAGGAGGUCGGGGGCCAUGGGCCGGGCGACCCCUGGGAAGUGUUCACGGCCCUGGCCAUCCUGGUGGUCGAGGGCAGGACAGCAGGAGGAGAACGAGGGUACCACGCUGGACCACACUGCCCUCUGCCACACCAGUUGCAACACAAGCACUCAUGUGACCUAAAUGACCGUCUAUGCAUGCAAGCAGAUGCAUUGGUGCGGCAGCUGCGGGUGAUGUGGGGUGUGGGUGUGGGUGUGAGCCUAGAGGUGCUGGUUGCCCCGGAAUGCCAACAUGGAGCAGCUCUUGCCGCUACUCUAGAUACUACAACUGCCCCCUCACAGAACCUACGGCUGAUUGAGCAGUGGAACUUUACCAUCUAUGACCGCAGGCUUACAGAGGCAACAGCAACUGGUUGGUCAUUGAUGGCUGCCGUCCGGUCCUUCCUGCACUUCUCGCAACUCUCAGCUUGGCUGAGUGUUUCAAGAGGCCGCAGACCCCCCAAUGUCCUAUAUCGCCUCACUGUUACGUCUCCAGUUUUUUGUUCCAAAUUCACAGAAGAAGCAGAAGAGCAUGUUUUCCCUUUGGCAUACAUGGGGCAAAACACCUCCAUUAAGGUGGCAGUGCGAUCUCUUCCUCGUAGUGAGAAGGUGCCUGUUGUAGUUUGCCAUGAAAACCACGAGGAAGAGGACCAAACGGAUGCACUGUCAAUGGAAGGAUGUGUAUCUAAUUGCUCACAAAAUAGUAAAGCAGAGAAUGGAAAAUGUGAGGAAGAUCUAAGGCGGAGCAUAAUGAAGGCCAGACUGGCAGAAAACACAAGAGUCAGAAGUGAAUCCCCAGACACCCAACUUGGCGAAUCUCUCCUAGACCCCCCAAACUCUCUCACCCGGUUCCCUCGCAGAUACCAGUCCCCUUCCCGGUCUGGAUCCCCAUCACUUGAAACUCCAGAGCACCUGAUAUGCCGUCAACGUUCACCAACAACCCUUAAUACACGGCCUCCAGAUCCAGCUAUAUCAGUUGCCCCAAAUCUGCCCUCUCACCCGUUUUCCUGGACUCAAGCCCGAUACCCGAUGACACCCAUGGGCAUUCAUCAUCCUCACCUUGAUGUGUGCUCAGCCAAUCCAGAAGCCAUGCACCUCCAGCAACCACAACAGCAUCAGCAACAGCAUAUGCAACAGAAUCCUUAUGGAAUGGAUUAUGCGGGACCAUACCAGCAGUAUAGGAGGCCACAGCUUUUAUACAAUCGUCCACAUAUGUGCUGGUCGCAGGUUCAGCUGAUGCAGCAACAGCAGAAGCCUCACCUUCAUCCAAAUCCACAACCAUCACAACCCUUAAGUCACAACCCUAGUUAUGUCCAGCAGCAGAAGCCUUCAUCCCGGGUAUCACCUCGAGGGGGAAAGUACCAGCAUUAUCCCGAGUACCAGAUGCAAGAUUUCUCUGAAUACCACAGGGUUUCUGAGGAAGAGAGGGAACUCCCCAGUGCUUACCAAGACCAGAAAAUGCAUGGGGAAUAUCCUGAAAGUGAUGCAUACUCAGGGAUUAGAAUGAGAGGGGAAUACCCUGAAGUUCCUUCUAAACCCUCUGCUUAUAACUGCAGUGAUCACAUAUCUAGGCGAGGAGAGGAUUACAGGCAGGCGUGGGAGUGCCAGAAAGAUCAGCAUGGCUGCAAAAAAGUAUCAGAUCCUGUUUCUAGUAGCAGGAGCAGCACACGGGUCAAGCAGAGCCAUUUGAUGUUAGAUGAACAGAUGAAAGGAAUUGAUAGUCUUUCAAAAGUCAUUGAUGAUCAAUUAAGGCCUUGCUGUUCACACACUGGUAAACAUCUCUGCACAAGUCUGGAAGAUUUAGCAGAUGCCUGUAGUAAAGAAGAACUCAAAAGGCAGCAGAUGCAUUCAAAGGACCUAAAGCAAGAUCUGAAGAGCAGAAGAGAUGUUAGCCCAAGCCACUUGUUACAAGGCAAGUUUAACUUUGAGCUAACCCCAAAGGAGACCAUGGAAAUCCUUAGUGUCUUGCGUCAGCCAACUCCAGUACCACCACUACGCAUGGACCGACAUCACAACCCUUCAGAAACUGAGUUCUCAAGAAGCUCCUCAGAAACCAAGAGUCUAAAGUCCUUCCCCAGUGAGAGAAAGUCUGAGAGCCAGAUCUGGGGAGAAAAAAGCAUGCCAGGCAUAUUUUCAAAUGAUGGGGAAAAGAGGACAAGGUACUACAAGGAAGGAAGAUGUGAUGCCUCUCCUUGGCAUGAUAGGGAUGAGGUGAUUGAAUACAAGUUGGAGAGAGGCAGCACUGAUGAGGGGAGUUUGAAAUUGUGUCGAGAGGGACCAAAAACCUUGUCAUCUUUUGACCACAGUGGACACAACAUCGAAAGGUGCCAUAAGGAAAAUUGGGCAAGAGGAGACAUGCAGAAGUUAGCCUCUAGUCCAGAGAAUCGGUUUCUUGAAGCCAUAGCUCGUAGUGGUGAAAAACAUUGUGAUAUUCCUAGUUGUAAGAAUUUAGUGGAUAGUUGUGAACCUUAUUGGACCAGAGUAAUUAAUGACAAAAGCAAAGAUAUAUGUGAUAAAAGAGGUGAGAAUAACGACAAUGAAAGUGUUACACAGUUGACAGGCAUAGUGAAGGAAAAUGAAUGGAAAAACACAUCGCAGAGCCCAUCUAUGUGCAUUGAAGCAAAGAAAGUCACACAGAAGACAAACUUUUUCACUGUAAAUAGUGAACCCACCAAAGCUAUCAACUGCCAGCCACAAAGGCAAACAUCCCAGACUUUGGUAAGAAGCCCUUUCAGUGCAAUUUUAUCCAGUAUCCAAAAAGAGUACAAUCAAGUCCAUGAAGAGGAACAAGUCCCAAAUAAGGAUGCAGGAAGGCCAACUUCAGACUUUGAGGUUAAAGAGAAAGCAAAGAGGGCAUUAGACUUUGAAGACCUUAAAACUGAAGACCCAGUUCCAGUGACAAAGGCCGACAAGAUCCUAAAGAGAAACAGUUUACCUUUCCCGCAAGAGGCAAAAGAUCAGGCGCCGAGUCAGGAAAAUGGGAACAUGGUGGAACGUGUGCGGGAGACAAGAGAGGGGUUCACAAAGAGUAGAAGUUUGCUGAAACACCUCAUGACCCAGGGUCGCCAACAUCCUCAGGACAAAUCUCAGGACAUCAAACAACCAAAUGAAGAGGAGCAGAGGGAAAGCCUGCAGGACAAGGAGGCAAAGGAUGAAGCAGAAAACGGUGAAACCCCAGAAACUAACGGGCAGGUAAAUGGCUACCACAGUCAGGAUGAAGACGAGGAGGUCAAGAAGCUGUGUAGUGGCAAGGGAGUCCCCAUUCCAUCUGCAAGUGAGAAGGCCCAGUUCCGGCGGUCGCUGGACUCUGCUACCAAUAUGGUGUUUCACUGCAAGACGGGUCUUCCACUCACCUCCUCCCCAGCCCCUCUGCGCAAAGGAAAGAGAUUCGACUAUGAUUCGUCGCUCACCAGUGUUGCAGCCAUUAAGAGAUCGACAUCGUUCCACUGCAGCGCGUUGUAUACCUGUGAUAGUGAAGAGGAAGAGGGCUACUCCCUUGACACCCUGGCCAGCGACAAGCUCGGCAAUGCAGCAAAUAAGCCUGUGCAGCUCUCCACAUCGGCUCCAGCUACAGUCACGUGCUCAAACCUCCUAGGCAGCUUCGAGGAGUGUGUCCUGAAUGGGCGGCUCGAACCUGUCUCCACCGUGCAGGGCUUCACGGCAGAGAUAGCUGCAUCAGGGGCCUUCUGCCCCAAGCGAACCACUAAGCCCGUCACUGUCUUUUUCUACACCUUGUGUGAUAAUGACCAGAUCUCAUCCCCUUAUAUGGGUCACAUCAACCUAGGCAAGAAGGGUUACCACGUGCCAAACAAAGGAACAGUCCAGGUGACGCUGUUCAACCCCCAUGGGACCGUUGUGAAGAUGUUUGUGGUCAUGUAUGACCUGUCAGAUAUGCCGCCCAACUCUCGCACGUUUGUCCGUCAGCGCACCCUCAACAUGCCUGUUGGGGCCACUGAUUCCGAUCCCAAUGCUCAUCAGUGGCUUCGUUACCUCAUUCAUCUCAGGUUUGUCAGCUCCAAGUCUGGCAAGAUCUACCUCCACACUGAUAUACGCAUGUUAAUCUUCCGGAAGAGUGAUGCCGAUGCUGCCACCCUGCACAAAACGAGUGUUCCGUAUGAGUUACGUUCCUUCACUCACGGACCAACCAAUCCAAAAUUCUCACCCAGAAAGUAACACUUGAAAACAUUGUCGUGUCAUCAUGCAACUGCACUGCCUCUCCUCCUUUAUAGCGUUCAGAGAUCCUGCCAUCGUUCAGAAAAGGAAGAUUUUCUAUCAUAUAGGUGAAGAUGAUUCAUGUAAAAGAUUAUAUUAUAGAGUUGAGAUAUCUUCACCUCAGGAGUCAAAAUGAAAAUAGAGAGUCAAGAUUUAAUAUCAAAGAUUAUUUAAGAUAGAAGGAAAAGAGAUUAUGCAGACACAUGUUGGUAUUAAACUUUUCUGAAGGAAGGUAAAGGACUAAAGGAGGAACUGUUAAUAUAAGAUAUAUUUCUAACUUUACAUGUGAUUUGGUGCUCAGCCAAAGUAACAAUAUUUACAUUAUAUAUAAUGCUUCCAGCCUGAAACUAAGAACCUAUUCCACCCACACCCCUGUGUCAAUAUUUCUUGUGGAGUUUUGACUCCUGCAAAUUUGUUAACUCGCCAUCCAUCAGCAUUAGAUGCAAUCUCCAUUCAAACCAUAUCAGAAGAUACAGAUCACAUAAUAUUUUAAAAAGUAAAGGAAAAAGAUUAAAGGGAAAGGAAGUUGUCAGUGUGAUUUAUGCCUAGUAUUAUACUUAAAAGUGUGGUAGAAGCAGAGGUGCAGCAGACACUACCCUAUUGUCUGCUUUUGUGAUAGAUGUUUCUGUUGAAAGCAAAUGCUGAUCUCAGUAUUGCCUGUGGGAUUCUAUAUGGAAUUUGUUAUUUUCUAUAGUUUCCUGUCUCGUGAUGCAGUAUUGAUUAUGUUUGAGUUUGUCUGUACUCUCUGAUUUUCAUUAUCAUUUGUGUUUCUGUACAGUUCAAAUGAUUUUUAUUCACUUGCAUGUGGCAGUGAACAUUAUUAGUCAAGUCAUGUGCUUUUUACUGAUUUGGAAAUAACUAUUAAUACAGGUAGUUAAGAUUUCCAUGAUAGAAAAAAAGAAAAAAAAUAUAUUUUGGCAGCCUGUAAAUAGCAUGAGUAUCUGUCAUAUAUUUGGAAAUAUAUGUAAUACUACAAUGUAUCAGGCUUUGGAAAAUUUGCCAUACUUCCCAAGAAAGAAUCACUAUUGUUUUCAUAGGAAAAGGUUCUCCAUAUGUAAUCUGUGAUAACAACAAGCCUGGUACAGCCAUCAAUCAGUAUGAUUAUAGCAAAGACCUACAACUGAAGAUGCGUUAGUUCUGAGGGAAUAAGAUGAAGGCUUUGAUCAGAAAGGGUUUUCAUGACAGACCUACAAUAACAUAGCUCUGCUUGCUAGAGCAUUUCAUAGCUAGCUACAGUGACAGGAUGGUCCCAUAACCCUAUGGGAGUUUUAUAGCUAGGAUGUUUGAGUGGAUCUUCAGUUUCAACUUCACUAGCCAAAACAGGAUUGAUUCAAACUUAUGCAUUUGUGCAGAUGUGUCUUGUUUCUUUAAAUUUGUUUUGGGUAUGUGACAAUGCAUGUAAAAAAUGUGUCUGUAAUGAAAAAGAGUGUAUGGAAAAGUGAUUGUUGUUCCAUAUGACCAUGAAUGGAUUUUUCAAGUGUAAUUGUAGGUGGAAGGCAGAUUUUGAAUGAAUGACUUGCUAUAUAUAUAUAUCCAUUCUCACAAUUGUAAGUUAGCAUAUACAAAAUAUUAGCCUGCAGAAUAUUGAAGCUUCAUGUAAGAGUGCUUAUAUGACAAAAACCCUGAUAGUAUUCUGAAAUGUAUCUAUUGUAUAUUUUUAAUGUUACUGUCUUCAGAAUAUAUAAGAAUGUCUUCAGAAUAUAUAAGAAUAUUAAGUGAAUUAUGCUCAUUUUACAUUGUUCAUAUUAUAUUUCUGUAGUGAAGAGAAUCUCUUCCUGAUUGAGACUUCAAAAGUAUAUUUUAUGAAUACUGAAAUCCCUAUAGUAAAAAAAAUAGCUCAGACCUGCUUUUAGAUCUUGUAUUUAAAAUGGAUGAAACAGUGUCCAGUGAAAACCCAUAGAUUUCAUUUAUGCAGAUGUAGAGGGAAGGAAAAAUGUAUCUAGAGACAUAAACACACCAGUGGAUAUUGUGAUUUUCCUGCUUUUUCCAUUUUCCAUCCAGUUUCAUCUCACUUCCAAUCAUUUGUCCUCUCUACAGCUCUUCCCCAUCAUGAUACACUUUUCAGGUAAUCUUUAGACCUUGUAAUGAAUAUACUGAAAUGAGCUGCAGCAUUUGAGUUGGCAAUGCUCUCAUCUCAGCAUGUCUCUUUGUCCAAUAGUCUUGAAAAACACGGAUUAAGUGUUAUAUGUGAAUGUGUAUAUUACAUAGAUGAUAUGUAAUGUACAUUGAAGAGAUGCCUUGUUUUUCUCCUAAAAUUAAAGAAAUGUGUAUUAUAUAAUAAUGCUUUUAAUAGUGUUGAUAAGGAUUUUUUUGUCAUUUAUGUUCACCCAAAUUUUGAGGAAUUUUGUUGAACCUGUAACUAUUUGUCCUUUUUUUUCUUUUUUUUCUUUAGAAAGAAAAGAUUAUUAAUUAAAUAACUUAUUGGCCACGUGGAAAGGUAUUUAUGAGGGGGGGAAGACAUUGACGGAAGGAAAUAUAAUGGUGUAAAGGUAUUGGGAGACAUUUGCUAGUCAUAGAUAGACUAAUUGAAUUGGUAUUUUUGUAGCACUGAUUUAAAGCUAUUCAGACAUUGUGGAUCCAUUUGUUAGAAGAUUAUAUAUACAAAAUAUUUUGCUGCUGUAUCAUAUUUUUUUGUUCUUGUUAUUAAACUUUGCAUAUAAUUUUUCAUUUGUUUUGUGUUCUUUACAUUGGUUUUAGUAAUUGGUAGAAGAUACAAGGCACAGAGCUUAGACACCACUUUAGCUCUAUAUAGGGAGAGAGUGAGAGUAAGCUUAAGCAUAAGUGUGACUGUGCAUGUGAUUCAAUAUUUUGUGUUUAUCUCAUGCAUUAAAACACCUUCGACUGAGAUAUAUUGUAAUUCAGAACAGAGGGGCUUUGGCUCUUCUAGAACAAAGCUUGAUUCAACCAACAGUUACAGAAAUUGAUAAAAUUUGCUGAUACUGAUGAUACAUGAAGAUAUAUAUUAGUUGAUACAUAAAUGGAUGCAAUAGGUUGACAACAUUUCCAAAGUAUUUACUUUUGUAUUGGAUAACUAUGCAGGAUUAUUGUUAUCAAUCUAUUCUAUUCAUUGUGUUUGUUAAACGAGUGAUCCAGGGUUUUGUUUGUUUUUUUCUCUUUGUCAAAAAAUGACAAAAAAUCGUAGACAUUCUUUACUUUCCAUAAGAUUAUGUAGCAAAGAUAAACAUAUCGCCAACUAUUAUGCCAACUUUUGACAGUAAGAAUUAUUACAUAGGAAAUGAUAGUAUAUUUAAAUAUAUAUAUUGAAAUACUUCUUAUUUGGAUAUAUAUGCAUAUAUACAUGUAUGUUUAUUUCAUUAAGAAAGAAUGUGUGCAUACAUGUGUGCAUAUUUCAGGUAUAUGGGCAAUAAACAUAUUUAUAUAUAUUUACAUAUGUUUCUACAGAAGUAUUGGAAUAGUUCAUUUGACUUUUCUUCUAAAGCUCUGUCAGCUUUAGAUAUAGUUGCCUGAUUUUAACUAGUCCAAAUUUCCAAAAAGUAUUGACAGGCAUGAACAACUAAGUCUUUGCUCUAUACAGUUUCAAGAUAUGUUGAAUUGAAAGGAGAAUCAAAAAAAAAUAUCUUUAAGCAUCCUCUGUACUUGUAUAUCAGAACCUUCAUAAAGGUAUAAAGUUGGCAAUGCUAUUUAUAUGUUAAAAGAGAUAAAAGAGAAAGAGUAUGAUAAUUAUUAAAAAGAUGUGUAUAUACGUAUAUCUAUGUAUAAACAAAAAUAUUCUCCAAGCAAAAGAAGGCGAGAACCUUUGCUGACUGUGAAAACCCAACACUGACUGACUUCAAACAGUCCUAAUUGUAACCCUGACUCAACUGCCUGUCAUGGAGGUUGAGGCCCAGUUAAGAUGAGACAGUUA